AGAUAUACCAGAAAUAUUUCUGCUCUUCUGGCGUUAUGCUGCGGCGGUGGCCGAGUCUUGAGUCCUGACUCCUGAGUGCAGUGUCGAGUGCGAAUCGAAUCGAACGGAUUUUAAGGAUACGGCUGACGGUGAGCUCGAGCUAUGAGCAGCGGUGGGGUCUAGAGCCUAGACCCGUUAAUUGUGGAACCUUCCUGAAUCGGCAAGCUCUCAGCAUAACCACUGAGCUCCUCCACACAUCUCAACAGAAAGGAGCAGAAUGUUGAUCCGCUGGAAGAGCAAAGACAAGAGCGCCUCCUCCAACCAGAGCGCCUGUGGAAGCAGCAGCUCCUCCUCGAAGAAGAAGCGCAAAGGUCGUGAGGGCGAAGAAGACUGGCAGAAUGAAGCCAAGUCGGGACGACUUCCGCCCAAUGAACAGGGCGGUGAAGAACGGCGCCGAGCUAUGCGACGCGAUGAUCCACGGCGACACACCCUCGGCGGCGACAUGUUGGUUUAUGGAGGCUCUCAGCAUCCACACGCCCAUCAAAUGGCGCCACAACAACAGCGCGCCAUGGAUCUGGAAAUGAGUACGCGCGCCCAGAAGAACAAAAAGAAUCAACCGAUGCGGGGCUAUGCGCCCGUUAAUCAGGGUCCGCUGUUCGACGAUGAUCCGGGCAUCAUGUCAGAGGUGGAAACGGCCAGCACCGGAUUCCGGAGGGGCGGCAAGCAGCGCUCCUCGCUCCCCGUGGUACGCACACCAUCCAAAACGCUGGAGCGGCCGCUGGGCUUGGUCUUUCUGCAGUACCGCUCGGAGACGAAGCGCGCCCUGCUGCCCAACGAGAUCACCUCGAUUGACACGGUGCGCGCCCUGUUCGUGCGCUCGUUCCCGCGCCAGUUGACCAUGUCGUACUUGGAGGGACCCAAUGUCAAGAUCUACAUCCAUGAUGCCAGCAAGGAUAUGUUCUACGAGCUGGAGGAUGUACGCUCGCAUCUGCGCGAGAUCCGCGACCGAUCUGUGCUGCGCCUUUUCGAGUCCACUGAGGUGGCGGCCCCGCCCCAGAUUCUGCCAGGCGGACCUGGCAUCCCGCAGCCCCUGCCCCCAGCACAGGCCAACUGGGACCAGGAUCAGAGCUACUUCAGUGAGCCGGAGUUCGACUCGGACUACAAGCACCAGCACAUCCACAAAUCAAAGAUUGGGAAACAACCGGCGCCCUACUAUGUGGGCUCAUCACAGACACUGCCUCGGGGCAUGUACUCAUCAGAACGAAACAAGGUGUCGAUGGACGGCUAUACCAGUUCUCCGGAGCGCAGCAGCCGCGGCAACUAUGAGGAGCCAUACUACAGCCAGUAUGGGACAAGGGGCACUGUCGUGGCGCCCAUUAUCGACGAGGAGCAGAGCGAUGGAACCAUGACAGAGGAUCAGUAUGCACUGUACGGCAUCAAGGUGGGACCAAACCGCCUAACGCAUCGCGGCAACCAGAUCUACGACCCAACUAGGCCAGAAGAAUUGCAUCGAAUUCGCGUGGAGCACAUGGAAAGGCAGCUGGCCAACCUAACGGGACUGGUGCAGAAGGCACUGGUCAAUCAGAAUCCACAGAUUGCCCCACUGGCCGUGCCCACCCUGGAUCCCAAUUAUCUCGUCGUGCCAUCGCAAAUGCAAGCCAACGGCUCCGGGGAUGAGCUGUACAUUCGGGAGAAAGCUCCCAAGCUGGGCAAGAACUCGUGCCAAAAAUCCGUGUCCUUUGAGAAGUCCGUGUCAUUUAGCGAUGACAUACAGGGAAUACCAAAGUCUCACAACCCACUACAUGCCGCUGACACAAAGCCUACCAAGCCGGCAAUCAAGUCGUCCACCCUUCCACGCACCUCGUCACAAGAGCGAGACCGCCUAAAGCCUCCUCCUCCACCCAAGCCGAUUGUGUUGGCCCAGACAGCUCACCCUACCUAUCGGGCGGACAUUGCACUGGCUCCCGAGGUUUAUAAUCAUCUGCGUGGCCUGCAGAAGAAGGCCAAGGACCUACGCAUGGAGGUCCGUACGCUGAGGCGCCUGUCGCAGGCUCAGGCCGUCGCCGUCCGCGAGGACAUUAAGGGAACCUUCAUGCGCAUCCGUGCCACUCUGCUGGCUAGCAGCGGCAGCUUCUGGGACCACCAGGGUGACCAGGACGCUACUCGUAUAUCGCGUGAAGAGGAACUCUAUAAGCAGGAAGUCAUACGUCUGGAAAAGGACCUCAGCGACCUGGAGGGAUCCGUGGAGAACCUGCGCGGUGAGGUAAUAAACCGGCGCACUCGAGUCAAUAUGACCGCUGUGGAAGAUAUGGCUUUGGUGUUGAGUCGGGCUAGCAAAACUGUUGCCGAACUGAAGCUCAAGUUCCCGGCCCUUUCAAAUGGCUUGCGCUGCAUCCUGUCCAACGAGAUGGAGAAGGUUGUGCGAGAAGAAAAGUUCCUCAAAGAAGAGCCCGACCGCUUGGAGUCGGCACUGCGUCGCUGCAAGAAGUUGACUGGCACCUUGGUGACGCUCAAACGCUUGGCCAGCGUGCAGGAGCAACGAUUGCCGCCGAAUGAGCCAACUAUUAGUGAGGAGCCGCCGCGAUCAGCGGACAUCUCGGCGCCCGACAAGCCAAUCCCAACACCCAGGAUGGGGUCGUUCGCUCUCAGCGGGGGACUCGCACCCGAAAACGCACUCGAUGCUCUGCUAGAUGAGCUCAAGACAUUCUCCAAGCCUAUUGCCCAACAACAACAGCAACAGCAGCAGCAACAGCAGCAGCAACAGCAGCAGCAGCAGCAGCAGCAACAACAGCAGCAGCAACACCAGCAACUAUACGAGAUUCGCCCUGAAGAUUCGGCAUCCGAUGAAAGCGCACAGGCCGCAGUACAAAGCACCGUCACCACGCAAAUAUCGCAGGCACGUCUCUACACGGAGGCGAGUGUCAACAUGCAGCAGGCAACCACCGGCAGCAUGGUCAUCGCUGUCGCCUCGGGCAAUAUGCCAGCUCAAGCUCAGGCUCAGCGAGGUGUGCUCACCCAUCAGCAGUCGCAGUCACAGUCCCAGGCACAGCUAAUGGUGCACACCAACAUGGGCAGCCUGCGCCGUUUGCACUCCUAUCCCAGUGAGUCGGAUGGCGAACUGUCUGGACCGCCACCGACUGGUCCGCGGGCCAGUGAGACCACGUCUUUAGCCAACGGCGGCAGCAGCAACAAGCCACCCGUGCCCGAGCGUAACGCUGAAUUGAUCACCAAGGUGGGCCACAAGCGCAUCCCGCCACCUCCGCCGCCACGCACCAGCUCACGCAGUCCACUGGCCAGUCCAACCAGCCCGAACGUGCCACAGAAUCUGGCUGCCGCAGCCACAGUCAAUUCAAAUGCCAGUGCCACAGGCAACAGUGUCCCAGUGAUUGAUUCCGUUGCCAUUGUCGGUGGCGACACCUCAAGCGGUGACAACUCGAGCGGCAAUGAGUCCGGCAACGAUCAUGUCCAGCGCCAAGUGGCCCUCGAGAUGCGUCAUCAGGAGCUGCUGAAGAAGCAAAAGAUGUUGCAGGAGCAAUACCAACGUUUGCAGCAGAUGAGCAAAUUGCCCUCGGUGGACGUGGCCUGUCCCUCAUCCACCGCAUCGCAAGAUAUGUCCGGUGGUGGGAGCAACACCCUCCGCAAGCUGGGCAGCGAGACGAACAUACAGCAGAAGAUCGCCGCAUUGAGUCUGGCCUGUGAGGCUAGUGGUGCCGCAGCUGCGGCAGCGGCGGCUGCUGCUGCGGCUACCAAUGGUGGUGUGGUGGCCAGUGAUGCUACGAGCGGUGCGAUUGGCGUUGGUGGUGGUGGUGGUGGUGGAGCUACAGGGGCGGCUGGUGCGGGCGCUGCUGCUGCGAACUCCAACUCGAACUCGAACUCGAAUCUGAACUCUCAACACCAGACGACAGCCACGACGACCACUAAACAGCUGUACGAGACCGAGAUACUUUAACACAACUGGAAAUUGGCGUGGAACGAAGCUAAAAUUGACAUUUAAUCGGAGCGAUUCAGAUGCCUGAAUCAAAUCAAUUGAAUCAACGAUUGAAUCGAUCGAUCGUAUUCCGAAUCCUCCCCUACCCUACCCACAGUCAGACCUAAUCGUACGCUGACGUAGAACAACAGAACAGAAACGAUAGUUAAGAUUGAAUAUGGAAUAUGAAUGAAUGGCAAGCAGAUUGGUUUUGUCUGCUAAGUAGAGAGCACGAGUGGCUCCCAUCUCGUACAUACUUGUAUUUACUAUCCAUCUUAUUGUCGUACAUAUAAAUGUGUGUAAUUUGCACAGAACUCCAGCAUCCGAUGUGUAUGUACGUUGUUAGGUGUUGUCUGUGAAAAACAUGUAAUGAUUCGGAGUCGGAGUCAAGCAAAAACUAAUCGCAAAACAUACAAUAUUGAAUCGAAUCGCAAAUCAAAAAAAACCGUUUGUGUAAUCACCAUUUGUGUGCACCCCCCCAUAGAAAGCAAAAAACGAAAAAUGAAAAAUGAAAAACGAAAAAAAUGAAAAAAUGAGAAACGGGCAUAGGAUAAAUGUAUAGCAUACCUUAAUAUACCGUACGUACACACCCUAUGCACCGUCGUAAUGAGACCCAGAUGAAUGUAUUUAUGUAUGUACUCGCUUUACAUUGAUGUACUUGUUGCAUGUUGUGUUUUUUGUUGUUGUUUCGAUGAAAUUAUAGGACAUAAAGAACAAGAGCAGUACGGGGAAGGGCGAUUAAGGCCGACGCAGUCGGAUUAUUCAAAUGGAAAAUUGGAAAUGUUUUCCAUAAAGAACACAUCACAACCAAAACACACACGUAUAACCCCGCCCCCAGCACCUAAAGCCUAGAUAUAUGUGUCAUCAAUGCCCGAGCAUUAUCCCUAGACCUAAAUCCAGGAUCCACACAACAUACACACACACACAGUCGUAGAAUCAACAGACUUCUGCAUAGCAAAACAUAACACAACAACAACAAGAAGAAGAACAACACACAGUCGUACAAACCAGAAGCCGAUUAACAUACGAUUAACUAUUAUGCACAUGUACAGAUCUACGUAUGUACUUAAACCAAAAAAAAAAAAACGAAUAUGUCAUAGAUUUUUAUUAUUACCUUGGUAUGGGACGUGAGACUGAUAGUUCUAUAUAUGUAGCUCAUCAUGAUACAAUAUGAAAUACGAAGAGGAAAACCAAAUAAGAUGAAUAUUGUACUUAUUUUUGUUAACAAGAUGACUAGCUAAUUUUAUUCCCACUAAAACCAAAAAUGAAAAGAAAGCCACAAGAAAUGCACUCCCUCCUAAACCCUCGUAAAGAGUCGAGGCCUCUCUUUGAUGGGCAUUUCGGAGAGUGUAUCUACACUUCGGACUACCGACGAUUUAAUUGUUUACAUGACGCACCUAUCAAAUGGGUAAAACAUACAUAUAUCCUUAGCUAUAUGCAACAAAAAACAAAAAACAAAAAAAACACUACAUUACACGCAACAUCGAACGGUGGUUCCCUUAGAAUGACACCCCUCAAGAACCAUAUCCAUGGGUAGGUCACGAUGGCCUUGUCUUUCUCUUCUCUACUCGAUCUGGCUUUCUAGUAUGAAGUUUUAUAAUAUCAGAAAGCUCUUGUUUUUUUAGCCAAAUCUAAAACCAAAUCCAAAGUUAACCAACAGCAUCCUUAACUACUAUUAGAUAUGAUCGAUGCUUGGGGAGAGUAAUGUGGAUAGAGAGAAGACAGCCAUAGAUUUGUUAUUUUUAGUGCUCGGCUCGGCCAGUAUUACGUACACUUCAGUAUUAUAGGCUAAUUUAUAUUUAAAUUUACUUGUAAAGGACACUCACACACACACACAAAUUUGUUGCACCUUUGCCACCAUCACAUCUUAUAUCAAUUAACACACCAGCCACACCCCACACACAUUCCUUAAAUUGUUCAAUUUUCGAAGUCUAAAGGAGGUCUGCCACAGUUUUAGAAUAAGAUCACGAAUGAAACAAAAAAAAAAAACACAAACAAAAACGUUGCAAUGAACAUUUUAGAGUAUAUGUAUCUGCUACUUGCUACUCAUAUAUGUAUGUAUAACUUCAUAGUUCUAUUAUAUGUAUAUCCAUAGCUCAAAUACACCAUUCGGCUUCUGCUGAUGAUACAUACAUACAUACUUAACGGUCUAGGCCCCCAGUUUAGAUGGCCAAGGUGCAAUAGACUUGACUUCAAGACUAAUAAAAAAAGAAAAUGCCAAAAACACUUGAAAAAUAAAACCCCCUUAGGUGCGCGCUCAAGACAUUUUACAUUUAUACACAAAGACAAAUAUUUACCUAAGUUAGUAGAUUUGUAUUAUUUAUUUAGCGCCAUUCGACGAAUAUGUAUAACAUAUAUAUAUACGAGUAUAUAUAUAUAUAUAUUUACAUGCAAAAAUCACGCAACGAAAUACACAUUUAAAAAAAAUGAACAUAUAUACAAGCAUACGAUGAAUACGAUGAUAAUAAGUAACGAACUAUGCGAAAGGCAGUGUUUAAAGGUCCCCUAAUAAUACCAACUCAAGAUAUUUAAGUAUAAAGUUAUACAAGGGGACGGUGUCCAAGAAAUGGCAUCGAUCGCCCAAUUAUAUUCCCUAAAAGGCACAUCACAUACACACACACCACCCCACUCCUACCAUUAACCUACACCCAAAAACACACACACACAGAGAGAGGUAUUUUAGUAUCGCUAAUAACGAACUAAAACCCAAAAUCCCUGUCCCAAAAAGAGGAAGGCAGAAGGAAUGGUGCAGAACUCAAUUAAGAUUUAAGCUGCAUCGAAAGAACGUUUAGAAGUGCGUAUUUUUUUCUUAAUAAUAAUUAUUCUAUUUAAAUCACAACAAACCACAACAAUAAAUAUCAUUCGUAAAAUGGACUCUGAA